AUGACAGCGGACGAGAUCCGUAGGCUGCAACAGGCUCGCAAUGCUAGUGCAGUCAAGGACAAGGUAGCCGUGGGCAAACUCGGUGGUUACGACCAAGACAUCUACGGUGCUGGAAAGCGCAGCGACUAUGUCCGAGAAUUGCCCAUGGAUGCCGACAGCGACGACAGCGGGUCCGACCAUGACGACGGUCCGUCCAACGGAAGGAGGUCAAAUCCGCUUGACGCCUAUUCCGCGCCUCAACAUCUCUUGCACGAGUUCACAGACGAAGAUCACGACCCUCUCAAGGCUCGAGCAGAGUCGAGGCAGAUAGCUGCCCGCCAGAGCGACUACCACCUUCGCAGAUUCAACCGAGACAUCAGCGAUGGAAACGCUGUCGAUGCGUUUGCUCAAGACGGUCAGGUGAACGAAGAAAAUCAAGAGAGCUAUAAGGAUCGCAUGAGGAGGGCUGAACUGGAACGAGAAAAGGAGCGAGUCAGGCGCUUGAUCGAAGCGAAGGAGAAAGAGGCAAAGGAUAAAAACGCUGACAAUGUACCCAGGACGGACGAGUGGGAUAUAAAGCCGUCUUCUUCUACAGACAAGCCUGAGGGCGACCGCACGCCCAAGGCUAGACGCAAGAGAAGAUGGGAUGUUGCAGCGCCUGCAGAGACAUCGGAGUCCGUUACGGAAACGAAUGGGCACGCCACACAGGAGAUCCCCACCGAGCAGGCACCGCGCAAAAGGCGAUCUCGCUGGGAUGAGGCACCUGCUGAAGCACCCGACACCGCCAACAUCGCAGCAGCGGACGCAACCAAGCCCGUCGCAAAACGCUCCCGAUGGGAUCAAGCGCCCGCCGACGAGCAUGCAGGCAGCACCGUCGAUAAGCUUUCAUCGCAGACUGCAAAUGGUACAAGUCUCGCAGGCUCCAUCGCUAUCGAUCCUCGCAACCGAUACAUGACCGACGAGGAGCUUGAUUCUGUCCUGCCUUCUGAGGGCUACGUCGUUGUUCAGCCACCGGCAGACUACGCUCCUGCCCGCACACCAGCAUCACACCUCACGGCUGCUCCGACGCAAGACAACACCGGCUUCAUGAUGCAGGACGAGGGUGCCACCAGAGCUAUCUUGGAAGAGAUGAUCCCCGACCUUCCCACCGACAUUCCUGGAGUUGGGCAGCUCGCUUUCUUCAAGACCGAGGAUCAAGCCUUCUUCAAAAAGAUUCUCAACGAACAAGACGAGACAGUGCUCAGCGCUGAAGAGCAAAAGGAGCGCAAGAUCAUGCGCUUGCUGCUCAAGAUCAAGAACGGCACGCCAGCAACUCGAAAGACGGCUCUUCGUCAGAUCGCCGACCGUGCUCGCGAUUUUGGGCCAGGGCCACUCUUUGACAAGAUCCUUCCGCUGCUCAUGGAACGCACACUGGAGGACCAGGAACGCCACUUGCUCGUCAAGGUCAUCGAUCGCAUCCUUUACAAGCUCGACGACUUGGUGCGUCCAUACGUCGGUCGCAUCCUCGUCGUCAUCGAACCACUCCUCAUCGACGAAGACUAUUACGCGCGAGUCGAAGGUCGCGAGAUCAUCAGCAAUCUUUCCAAAGCGGCCGGUCUGGCGCACAUGAUCAGCACCAUGCGUCCCGACAUCGAUCACGUCGACGAAUACGUGCGUAACACCACAGCGCGAGCCUUUUCGGUCGUCGCUUCCGCGCUCGGCAUUCCCGCACUUCUCCCCUUCCUCAAGGCUGUCUGUCGAUCUAAGAAGAGUUGGCAAGCUCGACACACGGGCAUCCGCAUCGUCCAGCAGAUCGCCAUCAUGAUGGGAUGCGCCAUCUUGCCUCACCUCAAGAGUCUAGUCGACUGUGUCGAGAAGGGUCUCGAGGACGAGCAGCAGAAGGUCAAAACCAUGACCGCACUCGCCUUGGCCGCACUCGCCGAAGCAGCCGCACCUUACGGUAUCGAGAGCUUCGAGAACGUGCUCAAACCGCUAUGGAUCGGCAUCCGGCAACACCGGGGCAAAGGUCUAGCCGCCUUCCUCAAAGCCAUCGGCUUCAUCAUCCCGCUCAUGGACUCGGACAGCACUCUAUACUUUGUCAAGGAGGUGACGCCUACUCUCAUCAGAGAAUUCCAGAGCGCCGACGAGGAGAUGAAAAAGAUCGUGCUCAAGGUCGUCAAGCAGUGCGCCGCCACCGACGGCGUGACCGGAGCGUUCCUGCGCGACGAGAUGCUUCCCGAAUACUUUAAGAACUUUUGGGUUCGCAGAAUGGCGCUCGACCGACGCAAUUACAAGCAGGUCGUCGAGACCACUGUCGAGCUCGCCAACAAGGUCGGCGUCGCCGAGGUCGUGUCGCGCAUCGUCAACGAGCUCAAAGACGAGAGCGAGCCGUUCCGCAAGAUGGUCAUGGAAACGAUCCAAAAGGUGGUCGACAACUUGGGUGCAGCCGACAUCGACGAACGCCUCGAAGUUCAGCUCGUCGACGGCCUUAUCUACGCAUUCCAGGAGCAGACCGUGGAAGACCAUGUGAUGCUCGAAGGUGUGGGCACUGUCGUCAACGCGCUCGGCAUGCGAGUCAAACCGUACCUCACACAGAUCGUGUCGACCAUCCUGUGGCGUCUCAACAAUAAGAGCGCAAAGACACGUCAGCAGGCUGCAGAUCUCACCACCAAGCUCGCCCUAGUCAUCAAGCAAUGCGGCGAAGAUGCUCUCCUCGCAAAACUCGGCGUCGUCCUGUUCGAACAACUCGGUGAAGAGUUCCCAGAGGCUCUCGCUUCCAUCAUCAGCGCCGAGACAGCCAUCGCCAAUGUGGUCGGCAUGGCUCAGAUGAGCCCUCCCAUCAAGGACCUGCUUCCGCGCAUGACACCCAUCUUGCGCAACCGACACGAAAAGGUGCAGGAGGCCAGCAUCAACCUCAUUGGUAGGAUCGCAGACAAGGGCGCCGAAUCUGUCAGUCCACGCGAGUGGAUGCGUAUCUGCUUCGAGCUGCUCGACUUGCUCAAAGCGCACAAGAAGGCCAUUCGAAGAGCCGCAGUCAACAGCUUUGGCUACAUUGCGAGAGCCAUCGGUCCUUCCGAUGUGCUGCAGGUGCUCUUAACCAAUCUCCGCGUUCAAGAACGACAAUCGCGUGUAUGCUCGACUGUCGCGAUCGCCAUCGUCGCCGAGACCUGUGGGCCGUUUACGACGAUUCCUGCCAUUCUCAACGAGUACCGCACGCCAGAGCUCAAUGUCCGCAACGGCUGUCUCAAAGCGCUUAGCUGGGUCUUUGAGUACAUUGGCGAGAUGAGCAAGGACUACGUCUAUUCGGUAAUUAGCUGUCUUGAAGAUGCUCUCACGGAUCGAGACCACGUCCAUCGACAAACGGCAGCGAGUAUCGUCCACCAUCUGGCGCUCGGCACCUUUGGCCUGGGUCACGAAGAAAGCAUGCAGCAUCUGCUCAACCUCAUCUGGCCCAACAUCUUUGAGACCAGUCCGCACGUCCUUGGUUCCGUCAUGGCAGCCAUCGAGAGUCUCGAAGUAGCACUAGGACCGGGAGUGCUUCUCAACCACACGUUGCAGGGUUUGUUCCAUCCAGCGCGAAAGGUCAGAGAGGUCUACGUGCGCCUGUACAAUUCGACCUAUCUUCGAUCGCAGGACGCCAUGGUUGCUUAUUAUCCGGAUUUCUCAGAGUUCUCAGACGAGCGAAACGACUACCGAAGGCACGAGCUCUACACGUUCUUGUAA